CCGUUGCAUCUGUGAUGGCUAUUACAACAAUUCUCUUAACAAUUGUAAUUUAUAUUGUUUGGCGUCUUCCUAUUAUUGUUUCAAUUAUAUUCUUUUGUAUUUUUUUCACUAUCGAUGCUUCGUUUUUGGGUGCUACCUUACGAAAAAUCGCGUCUGGUGGUUGGUUUACAAUGUGUAUUGCUAUAUUUCUUACCAUAAUGAUGGGCAUAUGGAGAUGGGGUACUGUUCGUAUGAUACAUCACGAACGUUUACAAACUCCUGAUCUUAAUAAAAUUUUUAAAGAAAAAAAAAUUGUUUCUACCGAUAAUAGUGUUAUAGAAAAUUCAUUACAUGAGAUUACAUUAGAAAAUGAGAUUAUUUUGGGAAAUGGUGAUGAGAAUGUUUCCAUUGAUACCGAAACUCAUUUGAUACGCUCACCGGGUAUUGGCCUAUUCUAUAGUGAUAUUGGCACCAAGAUUCCACUUUCUUUCACGCAAUUUGUAAAACACUUUCCAAUCAUUCCUCAAAAUGUCGUUUUUAUCAAUAUUCAAACUGUAGCAGAUUCAAAAGUCGGUGAUAAUAAUCGAUUAGAAGUGAAAAAAAUCAAAAAUUAUGAAGGUUGUUAUCAAGUAACUGCUAGAUAUGGUUAUUCAGAACAAGUCUCUCAAGGAAAAGAAUUUCUUUUACAAUUAAUUGAAUCAAUUCGAAACAUUGAUCCUACUAACAAAAAUUUAGCACAUGAUAUUAAUCUUGAUAAUGGUUUCGUUACAUAUGUUGUAGGACAACAUUCUCUUUGUUCUAAACCUGAUUCUCCAUUGUGGAUAAAAAUUUUAGUUGGUAUAUAUAUGUUUAUAUAUAUUAAUUCGAGAAAAUUUUAUAGUAAUUGGGGUCUUCCUGUUGAGAAUACUAUUGUUGUUGGU